CUCCGGCUCCUUCCCUGGCCGACCGAGGCGGCGCUAUCCCUGAGAGAGCGGCGGGAGCGAGGGUUCAGAGAUGGGCAGUGAGAAGGAGCAGAAUCCAGAACAGCACCUGCCUGAGGAAGGGGAACUGGGUAAGCCUUGGAGAGUGGAUGACUCAGAUGGGGAGAAAGAGUACAAGCAGGAGAGCCAGUAUGAGAGGCCACAAGGAACCCACCCAAAAAAGCCAUGGGGGAAAGUCACUCCAUCUGGAGAGUCAGGGGGCCCCAUUGCUCAUCCAAGGCCUGAGGUGGACGAGAAGCCCUUUGUAUGUGUCCAGUGUGGCAAAACAUUCAAUAAUACGUCCAAUCUGAGAACACACCAGAGAAUCCACACUGGAGAGAAGCCUUACAAGUGUUCUGAAUGUGGCAAGAGCUUCUCCAGAAGUUCCAACCGUAUCAGGCACGAGCGGAUCCACCUGGAAGAGAAGCACUACAAAUGUCCCAAAUGUCAGGAGAGCUUCCGGCGGCGCUCCGACCUCACCACUCAUCAGCAAGAUCACCUGGGCAAGCGGCCAUACCGCUGUGACAUCUGUGGCAAGAGCUUCAGCCAGAGCGCCACACUAGCUGUGCAUCACCGGACCCACCUCGAGCCAGCGCCUUACAUCUGCUGUGAGUGUGGCAAGAGCUUCAGCAACAGUUCCAGCUUUGGCGUACACCACCGCACCCACACGGGUGAGAGGCCUUAUGAGUGCACUGAGUGUGGGCGGACCUUCAGUGAUAUCUCUAACUUUGGGGCACAUCAGAGGACUCACAGAGGGGAGAAGCCCUACAGGUGCACUCUGUGUGGGAAACACUUUUCCCGGAGCUCAAAUCUCAUCCGACACCAGAAAACUCACAUGGGAGAGCAGACUGGGAAAGAUUCCAGCUGAAGGAGAGACCCAUUUAGAUAGACAGAGUGAAAGACCCUCAGCCUAGUACAGGAAGAUCUUUAGGAUCUGCUGCUUCUCCCCUUGACCUCAAGCCCUACAUCCCACUUUGGAGAGUAGUUUCCUGUUGCCUCUGAAGCCCAAAUCUCCAUGAAGUCCUGAGAGGAGACUCUGAGUAAAAAUCUUUCCCUCUUUCCAGGCCAGUUUCUUGGCUUAGAAUGUCAGAGGAAGGACCCACUCUUAGCCUGACCUCCUCGGGAUGAAAAAGAAAUAGGGCAGGCUCAGAAUAUGCUCAUGUCAUUAAGGCAACAGCCCCCUGGCCUUUGAGGCAAUACCUCUCAGAUGGGAGUCACUGUCUAAAGGUCCUCCAAAUUAUAUGUGAACCGCUUGAGAUUAGGGCACACACUACAGUGGCUACUAGCUCCCACCUGCUGUGCCCUCAACUUUGCUUCAAGGUCUCUGGGCUGGGAGGAAGGGCCUUCCCAUUGGAAGGGGCCUCCUUGAUCUGGAGAAAAGAUUUGAGGUCCUGCCUUAGGAAUUAAAGGUAAGACCUCAGGGAGCCAGGGACUUUCAUGCUCCCCUGUGUUUGCUACUUUUUCCUCCCCAUCUCAACCUGUGUCUGUUUCCUUUGAGAUUAGCAGUAAAACCCCUCAAUGAAAAGGACUUGUGUACUUAUUUGGGGGCAUCUAAGAAAUUGGGAGCUGGGUAGACUGUCCCACUGCAGCCACUCUGGGUGGGAGUCAAACUCCAAGAAAGACAGAAUGGGGUGGCUGCUCUGAAAAGCAAAGGAAAGCAGGCUGAGUCUCUGGGGCCUUUGAAAAGAAAGAGGGAAAGGAAAGAAACUAAUUGAACACCUACUAUGUGACAUAAAUCCUACCGUUUGCAUUCAUGAUAUUUAAUUUUUCCCAUCAACCCUCAAAGGAGUUAGACGAAGAAGCGGAAGUGAGGAAAGUUGGAGGUAUUUGCUGUGAAGUUCACACGGCAGCUGUGUGGUGGAGCCAGAAUUCAAACUCAGGCCUCCCUGACUCUGAGCUGAUGCUCUUUUCACUACAUCCACCUUGCUGGCUUCUGAAGGAUGAGCCAAUGGGGAGCUGGCCUGGGACUGCAUGAUUCUCUUUAGAUGGGAGCCAGGUGGCCUCCUGAUAGGGACCUGAGCCAUUAGGUCUGUGGGCAUCAGAACCAUUUCAAUUUCAUUUUGAUUGAUUGAGUUCUUACUCUAUGCAUAGGAAAAAUGGCAGUGCCAGGGAGACAGUGAGGAGUGGGAGAAGAUGAGAGAUAUCUUAAGACCCAUAGUGAAAGUCUCUUCCUUAGUGUCAAUAAUUCAGUCCCCAAGGCUGGAGCAGCUUGGCAGGGAUCAUGAUGGUUUCCUGUGCCCCAGACUCUGGCCUGGCUUCAUGUGGCAGAUUUCAGAAUGCUUCCCAAAUGGAAGUGCAGUAUUCCUCCAGCAAAUAUGAAAGACCCCACUGUAACCCUCUGCCAACCUUUGGCACUGCUCUUCCAGAAUGGGGAGCCCUUUUGUAGCUUUGGUACCAGGCUUGGAACUAACAGCACCCAUGACCUAUCAGAUGGGACCUUGCCUGCUGUCUUAGUCAUCUAGUGCUGCUAUAAGAGAAAUACUACAAGUGGAUGGUGGCUUCAACAAACAAGUUUAUUCGUUCACAGUCUAGUAGGCUAGAAGUCCAAAUUCAGGUUGUCAGUUCCAGGGGAGGGCUUUCUCUGUUGGCUCUGGAAGAAAGUUCUUGUUAUCAGCCUUCCUCUGGACUAGGAGCUUUUCCAUGUAGGAACCUUGGGUCCAAAGGAUGUGUGCUGCUCUUGGCACUGCUUUCUUGGUGGUAUGAAGCCACUAUCUCUGCUCAAUCACAAAAUGGAGGACAGCCCCACAAUACUGGGAAUCAUGGCCUAACCAACUUGACACAUAUUUUGGGGGACACAAUUCAAUCCAUGACACCUGCCCAGGAAGGGAUAUGCCAGAGAUUUAUACUCAUCAUCUUAUUGAAUUCUCACAACACUGUGAAGUAAGAAUUAUCCCCAUUUGACAGAUGGGGAACCAGGCUGACAGAGGGAAAGUGACCCGCCCAAGAUUACCUAGCAAGUAAAUGACAGAGCCAGGAACUGAACCCACUCCUGUCCAAAUCCAAAGCCUGUCCUUGCUCAACUAUAAAAAAAAAAGACUCCCCUUACAUGUGUAUGGCACUUUAGAAAGCAUGUCUUAGUCUUCCAGUGCUGCUGUAAAAGAAAUACCACAAAUGAAUGGCUUUAACAAAGAGAAAUUUAUUCUCUCAGUUUAGUAGGUUACAAGUUCAUAUUUAGGACGUCAGCUCCAGGGGAAGGCUUUCUCUCUCUGUCGGCUCUGGAAGAAGGCCCUUGCCCUCAAUCUUCCCCUGGUUGACGAGCUUCUCAGGUGCAGGGACCCUGGGUCCAAAGGAUGGGCUCUGCCCCCAGUGCUGCUUUCUUGGUGGUAUGAGGUCCGCGUCUCUCAUUUCUCUCUUUUAUAUCUCAAGAGAUUGCCUCAAGAUACAAUCCAACCAUGUAGGCUGAGUCCUGCCUUACUAACACAACUGCUGCCCAUCCUCCCUCAUUAACAUCGUAGAGGCAGGAUUUACAACGUAUAGGAAAAUCACACAAUACUGGGAAUCAUGGCCCAGCCCAAUUGAUAUACACAUUUUUGGAGGGAUGUGAUUCAAUCCAUGACAAAGCACUUUUAUUUCAUACACACUUUCCUGCUUCUUGAAAAUAUCCACAUAAAAUAUUUUAAACAUAUAGUCACCCAAACUUGGGCCUGUGAAUUGGCACCUAAUAUCAAUAAUAAAAAUCACCAUAUAUCACCUACUGGGUACCCGUUAUUGUAUAUGCAUUAACUCUGAUCUCCAUAACUAUCCUGCAAGGUAAUAUCCCCAUUUUCAAGGUAAAAUCUUGAGAGUUUAGAUGACCUGUCCAAAUGGCAGAGUUGGGAUUCAAAUCAGGUGUGUCUGAUGCCAAGGCCAAGUUCUUUUCAUUAUGCCCACUGCCAAGCCUGUCUGCUGGCCCCCUCUCAUGAGAGCUUGGUGUCAUUAUCCUUCCAGUCCUGGAACCUUAGUGACAACUGCUGUGACUUCUGCUGCCAGUCAGACCCAGGACCAGUGUAUUAGGCACCUGCUUUACUCUGGGACAUGACACGCUGGCCAAUUUUACUUGCCCUUUUUUGACCAAGUUCAUAGGCAAGGGUUUCUGUGUUGGUCUAGGGUUUAGAGUCCUUCCUGACUAGUUGAUUUAUUCACUCACUUGACUUCCUUUUUUUUUUUUUUAACUUCCUUUCAUUUCUCUUCCCUCCCUCUCUCCUUUCUCCCUCAUAAUACUGACAUGAAGAAGACAUGGCCCAUGUAUUCUCUGAGUACAGGAGAUUGGCAUGUAAACUGAGAGUUACAGUACAGUUGUCAUUACAUUUGCACUCAGGGUACUAGCUGUAGGAGACCAGGGGAGGGCCCAGAAGUGAAUGAGGCAUGGUCCUUCCUGCUACCCACUCAGAGGAAGAGAAACUCCCCUAUGAACAAGGUGCUGGAGGAACACAGGUGAGAUGGUUAACGCUUUGGAGGGGAGGGGAAGACAGAUGAUACUUGAAUUUGGUCUUGAAGCAUAAGUAGGUGUUUAUUAAGUGAAGAGAAAGGGAAGAUUAUUCAGAUGGAAGGCAAGGCUUAAUACUUUAGGGAACAGUGAAACAUUUGAUGUAGUUCCCUGUGUGGGGAGGAGAUGAGGCUGGUAAGGUGGACAGGCCAGAUCAUGAAGGGUGUUGGGAUGCCAGGCUAAGGGAUUUGGACUGUGGACAAAAAAGAAUUUAAAGCAGCAGAAUGACAUCCUAUUCACCCUUCAGAAAGAACACUGAGUAGAGCGGAGGAUGAACUAAAGGGGCUCAGAUAAGUUAGGAGAACGCUAUAUGUGUAAGCCAAGUACCAGUUGGGGCCUGCCUGACCCUCAAAGAACUAUAUGACUGCAAGUCUUGCCAAUUCCGCAGAAUGGGAAAGUUAAAACCCUCCACACAAUUGUUCCCAAUUCCUGGGAUUUACACUCUCAUGAUCUAUCUCUUGCUUGAGGUACUGUGGUCUGUACAAGCCUUCUCUGUUUUGUUCCCAUUAGCCCUACCACUGAACUCAGCACCUUCUUCAGCUGCCACAAGAAAUUCUGUCACACCAAGCAUUUUCUAAGUUUAGAAUUCCAUUAGAGAUUGGGACUCUUGGGGAAGGGUCACAUCAUGGAAGUCCACUAGCUUUACCUCUUCUCUCUCCUCCCAUCUCUGCCUUUACCCCCUCCCUUCUAGAUUGCGCCCAAAACUCCAGAUUGUUUCACUCACUUACAAACGAUACUUAGCGUUCCUUAGCCCCUGCUACAAAAAAAAUUUUUUAAUUGAGUUUUUGGUGAAAGUUUACGUAGUUAACUUCCCAUUUGACAAUUUCCACACAAAUUUUUCAGCGAUAUUAGUUACAUCUAUCACAAUGUGUCAACAUUCUCUUUGUGUUCAGUUUGUUCUCUUUGCAGUACUCUAGUUUCCCUGCCCCCCAUCUU